UACUCAUCAGUGUGACUCACUCCUGCUCUCCACUCAGGUGUGCUGCUUCGCCAGGGGACAUGGAUCAGACACAGGAAGGAGGUGUGGAGCAGGUAUAAAGAGGAACAACUAUGUCAACUCGUGCUCAGACCUGACGCGGCAUCUCUCCCUCUACAGCAGACAGAUGGCGUACUCGACGAGCACUCUGGCACAGGGCUGCUUUGGGAAGGUGUACAAGCAGAAGUACAAUGACACCUGGGCUGCUAUAAAGAAAGUCCCCCAACAGCUCAUCGGCAGGAAGGACCUGGAGAGAGAAUGUGAUGUGUACAACAAGGCAGAUCAUCCCAACAUAGUGAAACUUCUGGGCAACAUAAACCUGAUGGACGGAAAAUGGAUUAUUCCUCUUGAGUUUAUCUUCGGAGAAGACUUGGAGACCACCAUCUUCAAAGCAUCAAAGUCCAAAAUACAGCUGACUCCAUCUAUUAAAGGGACCAUCAUUAUCGGCAUGUGUGAAGGGCUGCUUCACCUCCACUCCAAAGAUAUCGUCCAUCAAGACCUCAAGCCCGAGAACAUCAUGGUGGAGCACAACACAAACCGAGCUGUCAUCAUCGACCUGGGUUUGGCCAAGUUCUUCCGUCAUGGUCUAAACUCUGCUAUUGACAUGGGGAAUGAGGCGUACUCCGCCCCCGAAGUGCUGCAGAAGGGCAGCCAGCGGGACCAGCGCUCAGACGUGUGGGCCAUGGGAAAGAUCAUCGCAGAGCUCCUUGCCCGGAUCCGACUUUACACACCAACCGUCUGUCCUGAAAAGAUCAAGCAGACCCUUCAUGAUCAGCCGUACUGCCACGCAGUGUGUAGGAUGGUGGAAACCAACCCUUCUGUAAGGGCCUCGGUGGGUGGGGUUAUGAGUGAAAUAAGAAGGGCUGGAGGUACAGGGAUUGUCGUAAAUACUCCCGUUCAAAGAGAGCACCUUCAGCCAGCCUCACCUAAUAUUAAUGCCAGAAAUCAGUCUCCAGCGCCAAUGAACAGAGCUCAAACGCCAAUGGACAGAGCUCAUUCUCCAAUGAACAGGGCUCAUUCUCCAAUGAACAGGGCUCAUUCUCCAAUGAACAGAGCUCAUUCUCCAAUGAACAGAGCUCAAACGCCAAUGGACAGAGCUCAUUCUCCAAUGGACAGAGCUCAAACGCCAAUGGACAGGGCUCAUUCUCCAAUGAACAGGGCUCAUUCUCCAAUGAACAGGGCUCAUUCUCCAAUGAACAGGGCCCCAUCACCGUUUAACAGAGAUCCAUCACCACUCAACAAGUCUCCAUCGCCGCUAAAAUGGGAGCGCACACCCAGACCAGAAAUAAAGCUUCUGCAUCCUCAAUCCUCACCCCACCUUUCUGCCUCCCCUCAGAGGACAGAGGACAAGAACAAAAACCAGGCUCUGGUCCCGUCAGGCAGAGCUGACCUCACCAAGGACCUUAUGAAAAUGCAGCUGUACCAAGAAGCUUCAAAGGAUCUGCCCUGCAACCUGCCCACAACAGGGAGGGUGGUGGUGCGGCGCUUUGAGGAGAAAGACGGUGAGGUGGGAACAUGGGAGCAGAAGGAGGUGGUGACCCGUGAUGGGAGGAUAGUCAAGUUCAAUGAUGUCAAGUACAAUAGCAAAUGAAAAUAUGAGUUUAAAGAUUUGGCAUAUACUUGACCCCCUUAAAAAAUGAUGAAGUGCUGGUUGAAUGUUUAGAUCAAGAUGCAAGUGUUACGGCUGUAUAUGUCCCUGUACUGUUUGUCCCUUCUCCCUUUCUGUUCUACAGCCCAGGUGAAGCUACUAAUUGCACAAUGAGGUACACCUGGCCUCAGUGCUUAAAAGGCCAGUGCUGGCUGCAGAAAGGGAGACAUUUUGUAAGAGGCAUUUUGAGUUGGGACUGCUGUGCCUCUCAGGCAGGGAUUGUCUGUUGUCUUUUCUUAAGUUACUUUCUAAUUUGAUCUGUGUUAUCAUUAAGUUUAAGUAAUUGUAAUAAAUCCCUUUGUUUUGACUUUUGUUAAGGUGUUUAGUGUCUUUUAAUGGGUCAAUGUGUGGUUUGUUGUUAGCCCAAUAGAGCCGCCUAAACACAAUCUACUGAGUUUUGAGAGCUUUAUGCAUUUAUGUUUCCUCAAACUUGUUUUUAAAUGUAUGAACAAUCUGGCCCCUGAACCUCUCUCCAGAUAUGUUCAAAGACAGGACGGAAACAGGGUAACGAGAAGCACUGUGAAUGGAAACUGUAGCAUACAACAUCGUAGAUCUACGUUUGGUCAAUCAGCCUUCUCCAUCAAAGGCUGUAAACUCUGGAACACAUUACCACCUGAAAUAAAAUUAAUCUCGGACUUAAAAUCUUUUACAAAACAGGUGAAAUGCUCAAAGCAACCCAGAGCUGUACCCACUUUUAAAUAGUAUCUUUUUAAACUGGUUUAUAGCAUUUUAAUCUGUUUCUUUACACAAAGGCCGAACUGGGGACACGAGUUGGAAAUUAGCAAUAGCUAUAUACUCUUUAUGCAGCACAUCAGUUUCAUGCUUUGUAUUGAAAUUAUGUUAAAUUGCAUUGUCCCUAUUAAAUAAAUAAAUUCAAUUCAAUUAUGGUGGGGCGUAACACAAGGCAUGAAUGUAAGCAUUUCGACUAAGCCAAGGAGUGAACUUACCCAGCGCUACAGUAGGCGCCUGUUUAUGAACUCAACCUGUUCAAAUGUGGAAUACAGCCUCCCAGUGUGACGCUCUAAUAAGGAGAGCCCUUGAAGCGGUUUGAGUCAUAGGUAUUUAAUUAAGCCUAUUUUUUGCUUGCCAGGAAAGAUUAUCUUAUAUAACUCUGGGCAUGAACAACCAUCUGUGAAUGUUUUUUAACAUCUGCUUUAUCAGGACUGUGAACAUGACAUUUAUGUAUGAAAUAAAUUCAUUUCUGUUUUGUAAUUCA